AUGCGCCUGUUGGAGGCAAAAAUAGUUAACGUUUCUUACAUAACCAAUGAGAACAUUAUGGCAUCUCUAACUUCAGCCAAACGUCUUACCUUAUCAUCCACAAAGAUUAACUAUUCUACUGGUACUAUCUUCUAUCAGCUGGUCUAUCAGCUGAUCCUCAAGCUCAUCGAGGUAAGCAAUUUCAUUAGUUUUUUCUUCUUCCAGAGCUACACUUUCAGAUCUGUUGGGUUUGAAAUGGAUCCAACCGACAUGUGUACCGGGAUGUUUGCUGUUCCAUCUUAA